CCUGGGGCCUCUGGACGGUGGAGCCCUGCCAGCACCUCCUGCUGGAUCAGGGGCUGUGAUGAAGGAGCCUUGGAACCUGACUCACAGCUCUGGGCAGCUACUUACCCAUGACACUUGAGUAACAGGCAGACUGGCAAGAGAGGGGACAGUGGCUGCCCAAGGUCACACAGCUGAGAGAUGGAGCUGUGAUUUGAACCCUAUCUGCUCACCAGCUUCUGUGAGAGCGUCUGUCGAGGCCUUGUGAUUAGAGAUGGUUGUCCUAUGGGGCCUCUGCUCCCUGAACUACCUAGAAAACGACUCCGCUCCUAUUAGGAGUCACUGGGGCCCUGGCCCAGGGAGCCUUAUAAGGCCUGAUUGCUUAGUCUGUAACCUUACUCUGCCUGGGACCCCUUGCCUCCUGGAGGCCUCCUCACGACCUAAGUUAUUUUAGAUGAAGGAAGUGGCAGGUGUCUGUGGGGCAGAGGAGCUUAGGUUACCAGGAGGGGUGGGGCAGGUGGAGUAGAGUGGCCUCCUAGGACAUCCUGGUGGCUGUCCAGAGCCUGGGACACUCCUCCUCCCCUGGGUAACUGCUGAGGGGCUUGGCAGCUCCACGCCCCCUUCUGAACAGUCUGCAGGACUAGAAGCUGUCAAGCUGUCUGCUCGUGUAUCUGUGCAAAGUUGCUCAAGGUCCUUGUCUGGUGUGCGGCUCCAGGCCUGAGCUUGAACCCAGACAGAGACUGGAGCUAGUCUGCCUUCCUCCCCAGCUUCAGUCCCCUCCCCAGAUGACAGGUAAGAUGGAAUGAGGGUCCCAGUCCAGGGCUCAUCUCCUGCCAGGCCCAAUCAGGACCAGGAACAAGGCUCGUGGUGCAAGAGAACAGUCUGGUACCCUCUGCUGGGUGCUCUGCCACCAGCAGUUCAGAGGGGACACCUGUGGAAUUGUGCGGCGGAGUCUUGGAAGGCACCCUGAAGUAGAGCCGCUGAGCUAGCUCCCUGAAAUCAGCAGGAUGGAAGAGAAACUGAAGAAAGCCAAGAUCAUCUUUGUGGUGGGUGGGCCUGGCUCAGGAAAGGGCACCCAGUGUGAGAAGAUUGUGGAGAAAUAUGGCUACACCCAUCUCUCCACUGGGGACCUACUGCGGGCAGAAGUCAGCUCAGGAUCGGAGAGGGGCAAGAUGCUAUCAUCCAUCAUGGAAAAGGGACAGCUGGUGCCACUGGACACGGUGCUGGACAUGCUUCGCGAUGCCAUGAUGGCCAAAGUGGAGUCUUCCAAUGGCUUCCUGAUUGACGGCUACCCGAGGGAGGUGAAGCAGGGAGAAGAGUUUGAACAGCGGAUUGGACAGCCCACACUGCUACUGUAUGUGGACGCAGGCGCCGACACCAUGACCCAACGACUCCUGAAGCGAGGGGAGACCAGUGGCCGCGUGGACGACAAUGAGGAGACCAUCAAGAAGAGGCUGGAGACUUACUACCAGGCCACGGAACCUGUCAUUUCCUUCUAUGAGAAGCGCGGCAUUGUGCGCAAGGUCAAUGCCGAAGGCACCGUGGACACUGUGUUCUCCCAGGUCUGCAACUACCUGGACUCCCUGAAGUAACUGGAGACCCUGGCCAGCUCCCAGCCCGCCCUACCCUUGCCCCCUGACCCCAGGCAUCCUGGCUCGAGCCCAGCGUCUCCACCCUGCCGGGCUGUGCACAGACACAGGAAGCCACCUUAUCCUGUUCCAUGGACAUCCGAGCACUAAAGGAAUUGCCAAGGA